AUGGCUCAGCUCAUUGAAAGAAUCAAGGAAAACCCAGCUGGUUUAAUCUCAAAGGAGUUUUUGGAGUCCGAUGAACCUCUUUCUUUGGUGAAGACAUAUUUUGAUGAUGUGAUACAUUUACAAGACGGUUUAAAGACAGAAAAACAAAGUUUUAAGAGUGUAAUUGACGAGAUAGCAAUAGAGGGGUUAGAUGCUAACCAAGUAUGGUGGCAGGCAAAAAUGGUUCUAGAUAAUAUCGGCGGUGAAUUAGUAGAGAAGAUUGCCACACUUAAAAAAAACAUGGCUGAUGAUGGUGAUGAUAUUGAAGAUGAGGAAUUAUCCGAGAACGAGGAGCCAGGUGAACUUGAUAGUGAGGCUGAGGAGGCGUCGGAUGAAGAAGCAUCAGAAAGUGAAACAAUCGAAGGGGUGGAGCAAAAGGAUGUUGGUCUCCGUGAAAGCGAUGAUGAAGAAGUGCAGAGUGUAUCUGAAUUAGAUGGUAGUUCUGAUGUUUAUAGCGACGAAGAUGAAACAUUAAAUAACGUUGAAGACCCCUCUAAAACUUCUCAAGAAACAUAUGAAGAUGCAAUAGAAUCCCUAGAACCAGAUAAUGAAGCAAGUGAUAAAUAUGGGAUUAAUGACGACUUUUUUGAGCUAGAAGAGUUUAACAGGCAGACUUUAGCAGCUGAAGAUUCAAUUCAGGAUCAGGAAGAUCACGAGGAAGAUGAAGAAAUUGACUACUUUGACGAUCUUUCGUCAGAUGACGAUGAAGAAGUUCUGUAUUAUGAUGAUUUUUUUGAACCUCCAAAGACCAAAAAUAGCAUUGAAAAAUCUGAUUCGAAAACCUUAAAAUCUCCAGUGGUUCCUGGAAAAGAUUUAGAUGAAGACAUUUAUGAAACAGCUAUUGGAAAUGCGAAGCUGGACCUUUUUGCUGAACAACAAGAAGAGGAGGAUUCUGACAAUGAGCUCAAUACUGAUAAACAAACAGGAAAGAAAUUCUCUACUUUUGAACUUCAACAACUACAGAUCCAGAGAGAAAUUGAGCAGUUAGAAAAAGAAGCUGUUGCACAAAAGAAAUGGGCCCUUAAGGGUGAGGUUAAGGCAAAGGAUCGUCCCGAAGAUGCAUUAUUGACGGAGGAAUUAGAAUUUGAUAGAACUGCCAAGCCAGUACCUGUGAUAACAGCUGAAAUUACUGAGUCAUUGGAGGAUAUGAUUAGGAGAAGAAUUAAGGAUGGUAAUUUUGAUGAUCUAAACAGAAGAAUUAUUUCCGAUAUCUCUUCAUUUGGUGGUAAACAAAAGGUGGAACUCAGUGAUGUUAAAUCGUCCAAAUCCUUAGCUGAGAUAUAUGAAGGUGAAUACAAAGGAGUUUCCGAAGAAACAGAACUUUCAGAAGAACUUCUGAAGUCUCAUGAUGAAAUUACAGAUUUGUAUAAGAAUUUAGUAUACAAAUUGGACGCUUUAUCGUCUGCAAGUUUCAUUCCAAAGCCUGUUCAAAAGUCUUUAGAAGUCAAAGUACAGACCGCUUCAAUUGCUAUGGAAGAUGCACAACCAUUAACUAUGUCAUCCUCCACUACCUUGGCACCACAAGAAAUCUACAGAGUUGGGAAAUCGGAGAAUAAGGAUGAAAUAACUCUAAAGAAUGGUGUGGUCAUGUCAAAGGAAGAACUGAGCAGAGAGGACAAGAACAGAUUACGUAGAGCAAUCAAAAGAAAGAGAUCCAAGGCUCUUGAAAACAAUAAUAAGCAAGCAAGAAAGAAAUCUAAGAAGGAUGAUGUUCUUGAUACGUUGUCAAAGGCCAAGAACGUUACAAUCAUUGAUAAGAAAGGUGAAAAGCGUGAUACCAAGGGUAACGCAAAGGGUGCUGGUCGUCAAACUAGCAGCACAAACUUAAAGUUAUAG